AUGGGAAGCAGUCCCAAGGCAGUUGCUGUUGGGUGUCUCCUGGCAGUCAUUGUUGUUUCUGGCAUCAUUGCUCUCAUCCUGGCGGUUGUGGGUGUGAAGGAUGUUUAUCUGCCUCCAGGCACCAAGUAUGGGAUGGUGUUUGACGCCGGCUCCUCGCACACGGCUCUCUACAUCUACCAAUGGCCAGCGAAUAAGGAGAAUGGCACCGGCAUCGUCAGCCAGGCUGAGGCCUGCACCGUGCCAGGACCUGGGAUCUCCAGUUAUGCUGAAAACCCUGCUAAUGCCGGAGCCAGCCUGAGGGCCUGUCUGGACAAGGCCAUGACGAUCAUCCCUGCGGAGCAACAGAGAGAAACGCCCACCUACCUCGGCGCUACUGCAGGCAUGCGGCUGCUGAGGGAGCAGAACAGCACAAAAGCUGACCUGGUCUUUGCAGAGGUCUCCAAGACCAUCCGGCAGUACCCUGUAGAUUUCCGUGGCGCUCGGAUCCUCACUGGGAAUGAGGAAGGAUCCUUUGGCUGGAUCACAAUCAACUACCUGCUGGAGACGCUCGUCAAGUUCUCCUUUGCAGGGAAAUGGAUACGGCCUCAGUCAGCUGAGGUUCUGGGAGCUCUGGAUCUUGGAGGAGCCUCAACCCAAAUAACCUUCCAGCCCAGUGGUACCAUUGAGGACAACAGCACUGAAGUCUUCUUCCGGCUGUAUGGGACCAACUACUCCAUUUAUACCCACAGCUACCUCUGUUACGGGCGAGACCAGGCCUUGAAGAUGCUGCUGGUAGCCCUAAGGAAGGAGAACCUCACCUCUCAGCAGAUCUUCCACCCGUGCUACCCUAGGGGAUAUGAGGAGAACAUCACUGCCGCUGCCCUGUAUGACAGUCCCUGCGUCCCGGCACCAGCUGCACAUGACCCCAGCCAGAUCCUCACGGUGCGGGGGACAGGAGCCCCAGCGGAGUGCAGGAAUGCCGUCCAGAAACUCUUCAACUUCACAGCCUGUGGGGCCAACAGGACGUGCGGGUUCAACGGGGUCUACCAGCCGCCAGAGCAUGGGCAGUUCUUCGCCUUUUCUGGAUUUUACUACACAUUUUAUUUUCUGAACCUGACUAACGGACAGCCCCUGAGUGCCGUCAAUGCCACCAUCUGGGGCUUCUGCACUAAAGGCUGGAAGGAGCUGCAGGCCAGCUUCCCACAGGAGGAGAGUCACAGGCGCCUACACAAUUACUGCCCCUCGGCCUUUUACAUCCUGACACUGCUACACGAGGGCUACAAAUUUGACGAGCAAAUGUGGAGCAACAUCCAUUUCCGCCAAAAGGCUGCGAAUACAGACAUCGGCUGGACCUUGGGCUACAUGCUGAACCUCACCAACCUGAUCCCGGCGGAAGCCCCCGAACAAGUAAAAGGGCAGCAGCGCGGGCUCUGGGCAGCCGCCAUCUUCUUUAUUGUCCUGACCGCUGCAGUGGCACUGAUGGCCAUUCUCGUCCUGUGCCUCUGGAAUCCCACUUAG